CUCUCGGCCCGUCGUCGCCUUCUACUCCUCUUCCCACCGGGACUUUCCCUCCACCGAGUCUUCUGCCACAACCUUGAGUGAUCCACCAGCUAAAACUUUGUUCCUUCCCGUGUGAGGAUCUUCAGGAUCUUUCCAUUUACGAUGACGAAGAUCACGAGGAAUAUAAUAUUUGCCGCUUUGGUCGGCGUCUGUUUGGCACAACAGAGAAGCUACCUUGCCCCGACAAACGGAGGUAACGGUAAUGGAAAUGGCAACGGGAAUGGUAAUGGAAACGGAAAUGGAAUUGCUACCAAUGGAAAUGGAGGAUACUCUUACGGGGCUAAUGGAAAUGGUGUGAAUGGGAAUGGUGCAGUAAAUGGUAAUGGUAAUGGAAAUGGGGGUUAUUCCUACGGUAAUGGAAAUGGCAAUGGUGCAGUUAAUGGUAAUGGUAACGGGAAUGGUGCAGUAAAUGGUAAUGGAAACGGCAACGGAGGCUAUUCAUACGGAAUAAAUGGAAAUGGUAUUGGAAAUGGUAAUGGUGGUCUUACCAACGGUAAUGGAAAUGGCAAUGGUGGUUACACUAAUGGUAAUGGUAAUGGCAAUGGUGGCUCUACCAACGGUAAUGGAAAUGGCAGCGGUGGCUAUACCAACGGUAAUGGUAACGGAAAUGGCAAUGGUGGUUACACUAAUGGUAAUGGUAAUGGCAAUGGAAAUGGCAAUGGUGGCUACACCAAUGGUAAUGGUAAUGGCAAUGGUGGCGCUACCAACGGUAAUGGUAAUGGCAGUGGUGGCUAUACCAACGGUAAUGGUAACGGAAAUGGCAAUGGUGGCUACACCAAUGGUAAUGGCAAUGGUAAUGGUGGCUACACUAAUGGUAAUGGCAAUGGAAAUGGUAAUGGUGGCUAUACCAACGGUAAUGGUAAUGGCAAUGGAAAUGGCAAUGGUGGCUACACUAAUGGUAAUGGCAACGGUAAUGGAAAUGGCAAUGGUGGCUAUACCAACGGUAACGGAAAUGUCAACGGCAUCGUGGACCCCAUCACCGCUCUUACUGAUGCUAUUGGAGGUGGCGGCGUCCCCGGCGUGGACUAUCCCAUCCUGGCUUCUGUCCCAGAGACCGGCUUCCUGUGUGACGGACAAAUACCCGGAUACUAUGCUGACACUGCCCCCGAGGCCGGCUGUCAGGUGUUCCACAUCUGUCAAGCAGAUGGCAGGAUCGACUCCUUCCUGUGUCCCAACGGCACCAUCUUCAACCAGCAGUACUUCGUGUGUGACUGGUGGUACAACUUCGACUGUUCCACCGCUGAACAAUUCUACGAACUCAACGCUCUGAUUGGAGUUAUCAACGGUAACGGAUAUGGCAAUGGUUAUUCCAAUGGAAACGGAAAUGGUAAUGGCAACGGAAAUGGCAAUGGAAAUGGUAACGGAAACGGGUAUGCAAAUGGUAAUGGAUAUUCUAAUGGAAAUGGAAACGGAAAUGGCAAUGGUGUUGGAAAUGGAAACGGAAAUGGCUACUCAAAUGGCAACGGUAACGGAUACACCAAUGGUAAUGGCAAUGGGGCUGCCAACGGCAAUGGUGUUGGAAAUGGAAACGGAAAUGGCUAUUCAAAUGGCAACGGUAACGGAUACACCAAUGGUAAUGGCAAUGGGGCUGCCAACGGCAAUGGUGUUGGAAAUGGAAACGGAAAUGGCUAUUCAAAUGGCAACGGAAACGGAUACACCAAUGGUAAUGGCAAUGGGGCUGCCAACGGCAAUGGUGUUGGAAAUGGAAACGGAAAUGGCUAUUCAAAUGGCAACGGUAACGGAUACACCAAUGGUAAUGGCAAUGGGGCUGCCAACGGCAAUGGUGUUGGAAAUGGAAACGGAAAUGGCUAUUCAAAUGGCAACGGUAACGGAUACACCAAUGGUAAUGGCAUUGGGGCUGCCAACGGUAAUGGUGUUGGAAAUGGAAACGGAAAUGGCUAUUCAAAUGGCAACGGAAACGGAUACACCAAUGGUAAUGGCAAUGGGGCUGCCAACGGCAAUGGUGUUGGAAAUGGAAACGGAAAUGGAAAUGGCUACAAUUACAACAAUGGUAAUGGGAACGGAAACGGCAAUGGUAAUGGUAUUAUCAACGGUAACGGUAAUGGCAAUGGCAGUGGAAAUGGCUACAGCAACGGUAACGGCACUGGAAACGGUAAUGGCAACGGUAAUGGAAACGGCAAUGGCAACGGUAAUGGAAACGGCAAUGGCAACGGUAAUGGCAACGGUUACAACUACGCCGCUGCCUCGUCCCCCAACGGAUUAUACCAGACGCCUAACGUAUAAGACUAAGAACGUUCCUCAUACCUCUCUUUCUCUCUCUCUCUCUCUCAACCGACGAUGAAGCUGCAACGCUCUUUCCACCACUCUGAUCUCUCUUCAACAGCUGUAAGGAGAGACCACGAGUGUUUCUGGACAACAUGCAGCUACCACGAGUAAGUUUAAGUCACUGACCCUGAAACACACUCUUUCGACCCCAGGACACAGUCAUAGGGGAUACCGUGUAGUGUGUUUACCUCUAGUUAUAUUUUAUAAGUAAGUGUUAAAAUCUUCUCUACUUUAACUAUUACACUGUAUUCUCGUACAUAAUUAAGAGGAUACAGUUUCAACAGUUUAGGAAUUAUAUCUUCAUCUUGAAAUUAUUUUUUUACAAACAUUAAUUCAAAUUGUAAAAGAAUUCUCAAUGAUAUUCCUGGAUCAGAACUGUCAUUGGAUUAGCAUACCCCAGGAAUUUCAUUAUUCUUUCUUCUCUUGCAAUGUUUAUAUGGUAAUCAAGUUCCUCAUAGUCCAUGCUUAUAUCUUCUACAGCUUACAUUUAAUAUAAAGAAUAUCUCAAAGUUCAUAAGACUUAUUUUAGGUCUGUAAUCUCUUCAUCAACAAUAAUAUUUUCACUACCUCAACAUACUGAUGGUUCCUCGUCUCCUGGUCAGUUUGUUUAUCAUUGUUAGUGGAAAUACCUGUUCAAAAAUUUCUUAUCUGAGACUUGUAGGUUAAGUACCACAAAGUACCAAAGGUAAAAGUUCACAGAUUAAGUAAUAAAUUAUUUUUUUAUGAUUUUUCUUUACAGCAUAUAAAGUACUAACAAUACUUGUGCCAUAUAUUUCUCAUGUAUAUGCUAACUUGCAAUAUAUUCUCUAUUUUUUGUGUAAUUAAUAUAUAAAAAAGAUAUAUAAUAUAAAUACUUGAAUUUUAAA